UGGGGCUGGCUAGAUAGUUGCCGGGAGUAGGCGGAGGGACUGCACGGUGUGACAGCGGCGCACCUAGCCCCGACCGGGUCCCAGAUAGGUGAGGACCCCGUACCUCUUUGCCCCAGCGGUGCCGAGAAACUUUCCGGGCUAGACUGGAAGGCCAGUUGAGGCUGGGACCAUCCCGGAGAACCAGACUGAUUCUAUUGCUAGAACCUGAGGGCGGAGAGGGGGGAAGGAGUCCAGAGUUACGCCCUUUAAAAGGUUAAUGGGGCAGGGUCUUUCUUUGACUUCCGACGUGCAAAGGGCGGAGAAUUGAAACCACCCGAGGCAGAUCGGUCAAGACCUCAGCUUUGGGGAGGGUCUCUGGACCGAGGCUCCCUCUUUUCCAGCUCUGUCUGUGUGGGGGUACCACACUGGGAUGAUGGCCUCAGCCGGAGACCCCCACAUUGCUCAGAAAGAUGCUGCUGACCAGAAUUUCGACUACAUGUUCAAGCUGCUCAUCAUUGGGAACAGCAGCGUGGGGAAGACCUCUUUCUUGUUCCGAUAUGCCGAUGAUUCUUUCACCUCAGCUUUUGUCAGCACUGUGGGCAUUGACUUCAAAGUUAAGACUGUCUACCGAAAUGAGAAACGGGUCAAGCUGCAGAUUUGGGACACUGCAGGGCAGGAACGCUACCGGACCAUCACCACUGCCUAUUACCGGGGUGCCAUGGGCUUCCUGCUAAUGUAUGAUGUCUCAAACCAGGAAUCCUUCAAUGCUGUCCAGGACUGGGCCACACAGAUUAAGACGUACUCCUGGGAUAAUGCCCAGGUCAUCCUUAUUGGGAACAAGUGUGACUUGGAGGAUGAACGGGUAGUGUCCACAGAAGAUGGCAAGCACCUUGCUGAUGACCUAGGUUUUGAGUUCUUUGAAGCCAGCGCCAAGGACAACAUCAAUGUGAAGCAGGUGUUUGAACGCCUGGUGGACAUCAUCUGUGAGAAGAUGAACGAGAGCUUGGAAGCCGGAUCAGGACCCAUUGGGAACAGCAAGGGUGCAGCCCUCAGUGACACACCCCCUGCCCAGGCCAGCAGCUGCAGCUGCUAACACUGGGGCUACCUAGACUCCCAGUCCCCCUCCCGCCGCUCUCUUCCUGCCAGGCUUGACCACUGCCAUGGACAUUCUGCUACCAGGAGCAGUGGGGGACACUCUGAGUCCCCUCCUUGUGACUGCUCACAAGUACAAUUCACCCACUCCCCCCAUGGGGGACCACAGCCUAGCAUGGGACCUCUGCUCCUCUCUCCCUUGCAUGCGGGUAUACUCCCUAUCAGCCUGCUUGCCAACUCACUUAGAAAAAAGGGGAGCCCUGACCCCCAACACAUCUGGUAUUUCUACUUGAAGGGAUCCAACUGUAGCAACAUGAGGAGAAAGUGGUGGUGUUGGCUGGGAGGUUGGUAUUGACCAAAGGCUUAGGGAGAUCAGACAUGCAUGACACGGAAUUUCUUUUUGCAGCUGGCAGGAUUUAACAUGCUACAGCCAGGCAACUGAACGAAUAAAUAGUGGGGAGGAAGGGAGGACAGGGUUGAGAGGGGAGAGGAGAUCCCAGUUAUCCACCAUCAAUCAAGCGAGGCAUUUUCUAAAUCUGCUACCAAAAAGUCCAUUGAGUGGUCGGUGGGUGGGCCUUCUCUCGGAUUUUCAAGAGAACUGUUAUGAUGGGUAAACCCCAAUGGCCAGAAGCCUUUGAUGGCCUUUGAUGACCCUUGGACCGGUAUCCUUCAGGGAGGAGCAUGUGCUCCUCUAGGCUUUUGCCUGCUCUCAUCCCCAAAAUCCUCCCAGCUGCUGGGGAAGGUAUGGAGCAACAAAGUCAUUCUUUGUGGUUCUACUGGAACACUGAAAACUAGCAGCAGGAGAAGGUUAGUCUGGUGGUUUCUUCUCACUCCAGGGACAUGGAAAGUGCCUUUCAAUUGAACUUGCUUUCAUUUGUCCCCGCAAGGGUCCCGCUUUCAUUCCAAGUAUUCCCACUGUAGCCAUCCCAUCCCCAUUAUGCCCCAGACUAAGGAUUUCAUUAUAGAAGCAUCGAUAGCUGCCCCUGGUAGAGAAUCAAAAAAUUAAUCUACAAGUCUUGAGUUUAAUAAAAUAACAUGGACUCCUUGAAAGACUGUGAGGUUAAGGGGCGUGAUGGAGACCUUGGAUCAGCUUUGGAGGCCCCAGAGAGCUGGUUUGGUUCCAACACGGUUGGGCGUUGUAAACCUUAACUUCCUGCCAGGAAAGGAAAUUGAGUAAAGGCCUGGCAGUUCCCCUUGCUCCCUGUGUCAAUCCUCUUUAUGAAGAAUAUGCAGGGGCUCUUCUGAAGACCAUUGAGAAGGUUAUCCAGGACCAUGCAUUCACAUCCAUCUGAGGAUUGGUUAAAAACCAGACAUAGCGCCUUUGUGGGCCUAAUGGAAAGCUGACAAGAGGUGCCUCCUUCUAAUUCAAUUCAUUUUAACAAGCAUUUUAUUGAGUGCCUACUUUGUGCAAGGGACUGUGCUAGGGGGUAGGGAGACAAAAAUAUCCCUUAAAACAUUGUUUCUGGGGAAGCUAGGUGGCACAGUGGAUAAAGCACCGGCCCUGGA